ACCAUCAAAUCACUGCUCAAGCUGGAGCCCAACAAGAUUUGCGCCGACUGCAAGAGGAACAAGCAUCCUCGUUGGGCGAGCUGGAACCUGGGAGUCUUCAUCUGCAUCCGCUGUUCCGGCAUCCACCGCAGUAUGGGCGUCCACAUCAGUCGAGUCAAAUCCGUCGACCUCGAUUCCUGGACCGACGAACAGAUGAACAGCAUUCUGAACUGGGGCAAUGCGCGCGCCAACAAAUACUGGGAAUUCAAGCUGGCUGCCGGCCACGUGCCUUCCGAG